CGCCACUGCCGCGGCGAGGCAGAGUGGCGCUGUGCUGUGGCCGCUGUACCUCCGCGAUGGGUUCGAGUGGGGCGCCGCGCAGUUUGCGGGAGCCCUGCUCGCCGAGAACCUCGCCUCGAUUGGCGCCCUCUUCUUCCUGCCGCGUGUCGCGCAGCACUACGGUGCCGCUGCCGUCGCCGUCGGUGGGCUUGCGAGCGCCGCCGCGUGCGCCGCCCUCGCCUUCCGCCUCCGCUCGCCGCCGAUGCACGUCGCUUGUAUGGUGUGCCUCCUCUCCGGCCUGUCGCUCCUCGAUGCGCACUUGCGCGCCCUUGGUGCCCUCUCCGCGCCGCCGUCGCUGCAGGGUCGCGCCUUUGCCUACCUCGGCGUGCUCUCCUCCCUCGGCACCGCAGUCGGCUCGCUCGCAACCCACCUCUAUGCCGCGCACGCGACCGCUGCGCUCCUCCCAGCCGCGGUCGCGCUAGCCUCCAGCGCGCUUUUGCUGCUGCCCUUUCAGGGCGCGCUAGCGCCCGCCCCCGGUGUCGCCGCCGACGGGAAGGAGCGUUGCGAGGCCGAGUGGCCGGAGGAGGGCGGCGGCGUGGACGAGAGGGCGGCACUGCUGCGCACAAAGGCCACGGUCAGAGUUUUCACAGAGUAAGUGGGCGUGCCGGUGUAGAGCCGUGCCAGUCAUCACUCCUCACGAUCUAACCCGGUCUAACCGAGAGGGCAGAUUGGAGAGAUCUCGAGGAGUACACACAGAGAUAGACCCUCCAUCCAUAAGAAAACUCUAACCUGA